AUGUACAUUUCAAGGACAUUGCUGACGAAUACUGCGGUAUGGGCAUCAGGUGGCUCUCCUACGCGCCGGCGGGUGAGUCACUCAUCGCCUAGUGUUUUUCGUCCCUAUACCGAAAUAGAUAGUCCCGGGUCGUUCGAGUCAGUUGACAGUCACAGUGAAUCAAAUGUUGAUCUAACGGGCGCUGACAAGCUUUCGCCGGCAGCCGCUUCUGAAGAGCCGCUGUCGUCCACUCUUCGGCAUCGCCAGCGGGCGGUGACAACGAAGUCGCCUGGUCUGAGGAGCGCCUCCAACAGUCCGUCGCGUCACACCAUUAACCCAAAUCACACUGUACGGGAUCCGGAUCGAUAUCUACUGCGAAGUGGUCUAGUAAACGUAGACGGAGAUGCAGCCGAAAGGCUUGACCGCGAAGAGGAUCUUCCUGGAGAGGACAGUCAAAGCGAGGGUCGUGGUGCACGUGACGACGAACUGGUCAGCGAGCACCAACGCUCCGCUGAGUAUCCAGAGCAAGCUACUGAAUCUUUGUCAGAUUCGGAAGCUGUGAAGACACUUGUCGAGAUGGUGGCUACAACAAAUACGCAUGACAUUGUCUCUCAUUCGCGAAAGAAAGACUUGGUCGACGCAUUCAAUGUGUACCUUCCAGUUGGCGAACGGUUCUUUGUAGAAUCGCUCUCUGACGCAUCUGAACCGAGGGAAUUUGUGAGAGGUCCUCUUCUCGGUGUGGGAGGAAAUGGCCUAGUUUUCGAGGCGCGUGACACUGAUGGACAUGUAUACGCCUUGAAACUCCUUCUCAUUCGUAUGAACUCUUUUCUGGAGGCCGUAGGAGAUAUGGGCGAGGAGGCCUGGAGGCGCGAAGAGGAGUGGGUAUUCUCCAGGGCUCUCCGCAAGGAGAUGAAAAUCCUCAGCUUCUUUCCGCCUGACAAAACGCCGGAGCAGUUGUAUGAAGAAGGUUUUGUCCUCCCUUUGUUUCAGGGUGUCCUCGCCGGGAAGCCUCGCGUGACUCCCUUAACGGACGAUUUCGGCGCCACAGGCGUUGUCGUGGGAUUUCAUAAGGUGGCGUGUAGCGUGGGGCAACUGUUUGGAGCCCAUUGUCUCCCUGAUCGAGUCAAACUCGAGCUGACAAAGCAAAUGGUGGAUCGCGUGGCUCAUCUCCAUAGCUACGGCAUUCUCCAUGGCGACGUUAAGUGGGAAAACUUCUUCCUGGACAGGAACGGACGCGUCUUCCUCGGAGAUUUCGAGCAGUCCCAACUUUUUGGACACGGGCAGACUGCGCCAUGUGGUCCACGAGGUGGAGGCACUCCCUCACUCCACGAGCCUGCCCGAGCGGCAUGUUAUUUUGCUGACCCAGACCGUCGAUUAGACCUCUUGGCAAGUCGAGACAGCUGGUGCCUCGGAGUUGUUUUUUUCAAACUCUGGUGCCAUCGGUUACCCUUUGGACUGCAACUCAGUCGAUCUGACAUGCCACGGUUCAUGAACCAGCUGGCCACCAUUGAACGGGAUGGUUUGGUCCCCGAUUUCGCCAGCUGCCGGGGAACGGAACACAUGCCAGAAGAUGUGAAGGAUUUGAUUACUGCCCUGCUCUACUAUGACCGAUACAGUCGGGAGGCGCCACUGAGUCUCGUCGAAAAAUCGCCCCUUUUCCAUCGCGUACCCCGCGAGAAGAACGACGUGGACGUGGACCUUGGUGUCCAUGGAAAUCUUGUCACUGCGACGUCCAGCCCAGCAUCUGAAACGCAACCCGAAGCGCUGUCCAGAUGA